GUGAAGGAGCCUCGAGACAAGCAAGUUCAAUGGAUGCUACAAAUCACCAGGGAAGAAAGCAAGGGGGUGACCAAGAAAGCACUGACAAAGAAGUUGAAGACUUAGAGACUGAGCCAAGGGGAAUGGAGACCAAUAAAAGCGGGGAAUGUUUGAACGCAAAUCCGAGAAAGCUUGGUGUGGAUUUUGUGUGUCGACGUGGAUUGCUUACUAAAGUAAUGCUUUCACCGUAUGAGGACAAAGAGGGCUGGUUCAUUGCUGUUGUUUAUUACAACGGGACCUACUACCUCAAUGAGAUUCUUACAGAAGAAAGAAAAAAACAAGAGGCCGAAGAUGAAAAUAAUAAAGUGAAGUGUAUGGGAUGGAAAUUUGAACAAUACCUUACAGCAGAUACCAAGGAUGGACGCCCGAAAACUGAUGUACCUUACAACAACUGUGAAAAAUUCUAUACGGUUGUUAAAACAGAAAUAAACAUGCAUUCGUUAGUUUAUUCCGGUGAGAUAGACGCACUUAAUAUUGAUGAUGUCUAUGGUAACUACUACAUGGAGUUCAAAACAACUAAGGAAAUUGCUCAUGACGGACAUAUCAAAACGUUCAAAAGGCUAGGAAAUUACUGUUAAUAGAUUAUAUUUAGUACACAUUAUAUUGAAUUAUUAAUGAAAUCCGUAUGUUGCCAUACGAUUUGUGUCUAUGCUAAAUAAUUUUCACAUGAUAAUUUUG